GUUGACUAAUGGCCUUCAUAUUAUCCUGUCGUUCUUUUAGUUUCUUCAAUGGCAAACAUAAGAAGACGUCGCAAACUAGUCCUGAUAGUUUGUGCAAUUGCUAUAGGCCUAUUUAUUUUGAUUCUCUAUCCUCCAGAAAUUGAAACCCCAACAGAGUAUUUUCCUCGUGAACAGUCGCCGUACUGCAGUAAACUAUGUCACCAGAUUGUUGCCAUGAAGUCAUUAAAAGGAAUACAAAAUUUCACCAAGUUCUUCUUGGAGGUGAAGGAAAUGAUGCGCUGCCCCUGGACCAGUAACCUCACCCAGCAAAUUAUUUACAAGACGGAUCUGCACACUCACUGUAAUUCUAGUAUGCUGUUCAUAACACGGGAGAACACAAAGUUGGGACAACGUUUAACCUAUGAGGUGGAAAGGAAAGCUACCAAGUUGGUGGACAAAAUCCUGUACGACAUGCUGCCUGAGACUGCUCCCUGGGGGACCUCACGUCAGUUCGGGCGCUGUGCAGUGGUGGGGAACGGAGGGAUUCUCAAGAAUAGCACCUGUGGGGAGAAGAUUAACACAGCAGAUUUUGUCAUCAGACUUAACUUCCCUCCAAUGAACUACACCUCUGAUGUUGGUGUCAAGUCCAGCCUGGUUACAAUCAAUCCUUCCCAGGUUACUGAGAGCUUCAUGGGCCUGUGUAAUUCACGAAAACCUUUUGUGGACAAAGCAGCUGCAUAUGGAAAUGCCUACUUGGCCAUUUCUCCAUUCUCUUAUGUAAUCAGCACUGACCUUUCCUUCCGUGUCUUCUACACCAUGAAGGAAAUGAGACCCCAACAAGGGGUAUUGUACAUACACCCAGACUAUUUAUUAAUGCUGAGUCGCUACUGGCGGAAAAAUGGACAAACAGGUUUGCGCCUCUCCUCUGGGUUCAUGCUGGUGAGUGUGGCCCUGGAGCUUUGUGAGAAGGUGGACAUCUAUGGUUUCUGGCCCUUUCCUAUGGACCUGUCUCAGCAGCCAGUGUCCAAUCACUACUAUGACAAUGUUGCAGCCAAACAAGGGGUGCACCAAAUGCCUGAAGAAUUCUUGAAGCUGCUACACAUGCACAGCCAGGGAGUGCUACAGCUGCACGUUGGGAAGUGUCAGUGA